CCAGAGAGAGAACAAGGCCUAUUUUACUGAGUUCUCCUGGUAUUACAGUUCAUUUGUCGUGUGCUUCAGAAAAUGACAGAGGCUGAACUGUACUCGGUGUAUAAAGGUGUGUACGUGCCGACGUUUGUACACCCUCCAGAAAGUCUGAAAUAUUAUGAGGAGUUCACUUUCCGGCCGGAUGACAUCCUGAUUAUCACUUAUCCCAAAUCUGGCACAACAUGGAUGCAGGAGGUGAUUCCUCUGAUCGUGAGCGAUGGUGAUCUGACUCCGGUGCUGACGGUGCCAAACUGGGACCGAGCGCCAUGGCUGGAGGAACAACGGGCGAUCCAGCUCAAUCUGGAGCAGAGACCUUCUCCACGUGUCUUCUCAACUCACUUCCAUCACAGCAUGAUGAACGAGUCUUACUUCAAAAUAAAGCCCAGGGUUCUUUAUGUCAUGCGUAACCCGAAAGAUGUGUUCACGUCCUCAUAUUACUACUACGGAAUGGCCUCAUACAUGGUGAACCCAGGAACCCAAGAUGAGUUCAUGGAGAAGUUUCUCGAUGGAAAAAUCAUGUUCGGUUCCUGGUUUGAUCAUGUCAAAGGCUGGAUUAAUGCUGACAAACAGGAAUCCAUACUGUACAUUUUCUAUGAGGAGAUGAUCGCUGAUCUGAAAGGAUCUGUGGAGAAAAUUGCCAAGUUUCUUGGUAAAUCUCUGAAUCCAGAUGUGAUAGAGAAGAUCGCUGAGCAAUGCGUCUUCAAGAACAUGAAACAAAACAAAAUGUCCAACUUUUCUCUGGUUCCAGAGGAAUACAUGGACCACAAGAAAUCUGAAUUCCUGAGGAAAGGAAUUGUUGGUGACUGGAGGAAUCAUUUCACUGAAGCCCAAGAGCAGCGAUUUAAUGUCGUAUACAAAGACAAGAUGAAAGAUGUGAAAUUCAAAUUUAUGUGGGACUGAAAAAACACAUCUGUUUCAUUAGGGCCCGAGAACCGGUGCUGCGAUUCUUCAUCUUCUUCUUCUUGUCCAAAAUAAAGCACAUUUUUGAGGGCCUAAACAUGCUCAAAAAUUCAUGAAACUCUGCACACAUGCAAAAAGUGGUAAAAAAAAUGACGUUUGAUAAAUUUACAUUUGAUAUGUAUAUAUAUAUAUAUAUAUAUAUAUAUGUGUGAUCCUGGACCACAAAACCAGUCUUAAGUCGCUGGGGUAUAUUUGUAGCAAUAGCAAAAAAAUACAUUGUAUGGUCAAAAUAAUUGAUUUUUCUUUUAUGCCAAAAAUCAUUAGGAAAUUAAGUAAAGAUCAUGUUCCAUGAAGAUAUUUUGUAAAUUUCCUACUGUAAAUAUAUCAAAACGUAAUUUUUGAUUAGUAAUAUGCAUUGCAAAGAACUUAAUUUGGAAACUUUAAAGGUGAUUUUCUCUGUAUUUUGAUUUUCUUGAACUCUCAGAUUCCGUAAACUGAAACAGUUGUAUCGUAGCCAAAUAUUGUUCUAUCUUAAGAAGCCAUACAUUGAUGGAAAGCUUAUUUACUCAGCUUUCAGAUGAUGUAUAAAGCCCAAUUUCGAAAUAUUGACACUUAUGACUGGUUUUGUGGUCCAGGGUCACGUAUGUAUAUUCAGUGUAAAUGAACAUUUAUUGGAGUAUCAUAUAUAUAUAUGUAUAUUCAGUCUAAAUGAAAAUUUAUUGGAUAUUGGAGUAUUAUUCUGUAUGUGAAUCUUGUAAAAGCAUAUAUAUAUAUAUAUAUAUGUAUAUAUAUAUAUGUGUAUGUAUAUAUAUAUAUACACUACCGUUCAAAAGUUUGGGGUCAGUACAUUUUUAUUGUUUCUUUUUUUUUUUUUUUUUUUUUUUUUUUUUUUUUUUUAAGAAAUUAAUACUUUUAUUUACCAAGGAUGUAUUAAGUUAAUAAUUAGAAGUUUAUUAAAAGUUAAUAAUAAAUAAUUUACAUUGUUAUAAAAUAUUUAUAUUUUGAAUAAACACUGUACUUUUUAAACUUAUUAUUCAUGAAAGAAUCCUGAAAAAAAAAAUCACAGGUUCCAAAAAAUAUUUGGCAGCACAACUGUUGAUAUUAUCCAACAUUGAUCAUUCUAAUAAUAAAUCCGCAUAUUAGAAUGAUUUCUGAAGGAUCAUGUGACACUUAAGACUGGAGUAACAGCUGAUAAAAAUUCAGCUUUUCAUCACAGGAAUAAAUUCUAUUUUAAAGUAUGUUAAAAUAAAAAACAUUAUUUUAUAUUGUAAAAACAUUUUGCAAUAUUACUGUUUUUUUUCUAUAUUUUUAAUCAAAUAAAUGCAGCCUUGAUGAGCAUAAGAGACUUCUUUAAAGACUAUUACAAGUCUUACUGACCCCAGACUUUUGAACGGUAGUGUAUAUAUAUAUAUAUAUAUAUAUAUAUAUAUAUAUAUAUAUAUUUUAUACUUUUACAUUGACAAAGGGACAUGAGUUUUCAAAGAUAAUGUGUAGUAAUGUACACAACAUCCAUACAUUAAAAUCAAAAUCUUUUAAACCUUUGUUCAUUGUUCCAGACAGGUUGGACAUCUUCUAUCUAGAUUUUAUUUCUUAAAUGCUUUAAUUUGCCUGAGCUUGAACAAAAUGGCUAUUACAGACAUGAAAUACACGGUAUUGUAGAAACAAACAAUGUUUUUGCACACUCACUGUACUGUACAA